AUGGAGAGUAAGGUUAGUGGGGGCGGCGGCACAGAAGAAACGGCAAAGAAAGGGGUGGUGGGCAGAGGUUUAGGAUUACCAAACAAUAGCAACGGCAACCUCAUCACUCCCUCCAGUGACGAUGAUCUCAGAAACGUCUUUCACCAAAUCAGAACAACCAAAAGUCCUGCAGUAAUUAAUUAUGGCGCGUCUUGGUGUCACGUUUGCAGCCAGAUCCUGCCUACAUUUUGCCAAUUGAGCAACAAGUUUCAACAAUUAUCUUUCAUAUAUGCAGAUAUCGAUGAAUGCCCAGAAAGCACUCAGCAAAUUCGGUACACACCAACUUUUCAUUUCUACCGAGAUGGUGAAAGGGUUGAUGAGAUGUUUGGUGCUGGAGAGGAGAGGCUGCGAGAUCGUUUGUGGUUGCAUUCCUGAAGACAGUUCAUGCUUUACCAGCUCUGAAAUCUACAUCCUGUAAACCGUCAAGCCUGCUAAAUCGUACUGAGAUUUUGUUUUAUUGUAAUUUGAGGUAUCCUAUAUUAGCAUUAUAUGUGAAUGGUUCCUUGUUUAAUUACCUGCUUUUCCGAUCAUCCGUCUUGGUGGGGUUGUUAUAGAUAUUGUUCAUUCAUUAAGAGCCGCACAGUUUCAUUUGUUGACUUACUUGAGAUGUGUCCAUUGCUCUGAAAAGUAUGAAGUGCAUCAUAAAAGA